AUGGCUGGCCCUGGUGGUGGACCUCCUCGUCGGAGGUACGUCUUUAUGCUUCCUGGCAUCUACGAGUUGCUAACAAGGCAUAGUCACACUAAAUCUCGCAAAGGCUGUGAAACUUGCAAGCGAAGACACAUUCGUUGUGACGAAAACUUCCCUCAAUGCCGUAAUUGUACCAAGCAUAAUUGCCGGUGUCCAUACAUGGACAUGCCUGUGCAAGAAGAAAGAGCAGUAACUCCUGAAAAGGCAGAUCUGUUGUGGACUCCAGAAAUCGAGGCAGAGAUCGAACGUUGGCAACAGACUGGAAGUUUCCCAUUCCCAGACCUAUAUAUCUACCCAGCUCCCGCACCUCAAUUCUUCUCUUUCGACGAUCUUCGCUUGAUCCACCACGUUGCUUCAGUCUCGUCCGAACUGUCUGCCCAUGAUGCCGGUAACUUCACCAUCUGGACUCGUCAAAUUCCGCUGUUUCUCAAAAUCGGAACAGACUACCAGUUUGUUAUGCAUGCACUCUUGGCUUUGUCCGCGACACAUUUGGCAUGGUUAACGGAGUGCCCACUUACCGCGAACAUCGCUUAUGAACAUCGAGGAAUCGCACUUAAGGGUUUGCAUGAGGCAAUCGGUGGAUUCUCCAGGCAGAACUCCGAUGCUGUUCUCGCUGCUUCGCUGUUGCUCUCCUGGCAAGCAACUGAAUGGCGUGGUUGGACCCAAUUGAUGCAUGGGACCUCGUCCGUCAUCGAUGCCAUGCAGCCGUGGAAGAACGAGUCUCAAUUCGGCGACUUUAUUGCAGAGCAAAGCACCUUUCCGACCGCCCCUCCCUCUCCGGCCCCUGGCCACAAGAAGCUUAGCAACCCUCGGAAACAGGAUUUGGAUUCUCUGCAACAAGCUUAUGCCCAACUCCAGAAGGUCGAAGCUCAUCUGAAGGGAAAUGGAGAGGACAUCAAGGCUAUCCAGCAGCUCAUGAGCUUUGUUCGGGGUGUGCGAAAGGUUUCGCCAAGUCACACCGCUGCUCAGCGUUUCGAGAUGCUCAAUCCUCUUCGAGCUUGGUUGUUUUGGCUUCCGGUUAUGUUCUUGCAACAGACUCGAGGAUCUCCAUCUGCGCUAGUCAUCCUGGCCCACUACUAUACAGUUGCAUUGGUCGUUGAGCCACUGUUCCCUGAGGUUGGAGCUGCGUACUUUGGAAGUCUAUCGCUCUGUCCUAUCGAAGAGAUUGCACGAAGACUUUUUUCGAUCAACGUUUCUCAGUCGUCGGACUCGGGUAUGCAAACUCCACUCCACCUCAUGGAGUAUCCCAUCGACAUGGUCUCCAAGUUUCGAAGCCGUAUGGGCUGGAUUCAACCUGAGAGGACUGCCUCAUUCCCGACUUUCCACAGCAACGAGUUCAGCAUGGCUGAGACGUACCCUUCUACAAUCUCGCUCUCUCCAUAUGGCAAUCCGGCAUUCACGUACUCCCAAGAACAUCUCAUGACUAUGCCACCUGAUCCAAUAUCCGCCUCAGCCAUCAGCCCAUUGACACUUGAUCCUUUCACGAACCACUACCUCGGGAUUCCGUCUCCGAGCGGUUUUGGUGGCUACCAUAGCCCAGCUUCUUCAAACUUUGGGGAAGGUUCCAUCGUCUACAGCGACCAGGGAGACGAUUUUGCGCUUUAUGAUGGACAAGGGGGCCCAGGCUCGAAUUUCGGCGGGUUUGUGCUUCCGACCACCGUGUGGAUAUGA